AUGGGUCGGCCCGAGCCCGCGUCGCCCGGCGAGAUUGUGUUUGUGGAGCUUAGGAAUAAGUAUGUGGAGUUAGAGCCGUAUUUUUCGAAGCUGAACGCGUCGGUCAAUGUGAGGCUGGCGUCGAAUCGCGGCGUGCUGACGUACCUGCAGACGCGCGCCGCGGGGUCGUGGGCGCAGCGGUUCAGUCAGAUCGGGAUGCGGCUGCCGUACGCUGUGGGGUGCUUCCUGCGCUUCCUGUUCACUCUGCGGCCAGAGGUGCAGGCGCUAGUGCGGGGCAUGGAGCAGCAGCUGCGCGCAGCCAUGGUGGGGGAGGGGGGGCAGGCGCGGGGGGUGGCGACGGUGGGCAUUCACAUCCGCGUGAAGGACGGGUUCGUGUGGGACGGCAAGUGGGGGGACGGGGAUCCGAAGCAGCUGAACGACGAGCAGGUGGCUUGGCUUGGCAAGCAGGCCAAGGAGUGGAUUGACUGUGCUCUGAAAGUGGAGGGGUACUGGUUCCCGUCUUCCCUGGGUGUGCGCUGGAUGCUUAUCACCAACUCCGCCCAGCUCAAGCAAGCUAUUAAAUCCCAGUACCCCGAUAAGGUCUUCACCACUGACUUUGUGCCACGUCAUUCCAACAACCUGGGGGCAGUUGACACUGAAGCCUCACGUCGCCCAGCUGGGAUGGUAGCCCCAGAUGCAGAGUACACUGACGCCAACAUUAGCACGACAGCUGCAGCUUCCAAUGCCACCAGCACCACUAUUGAGAAGGACAAGCAGGAAGAGGCUCGGCUGUUCCAGGAGGUUGUUACAGAAUGGUUAUUGUUGGCAUCCUGCGAUGCAUACGUUGUGUCCGAGUCAGGGUAUUCGCACACUGCUGUGUUCUAUGCCAGAAGGCCUAUGGCAGCUUUCCAGUAUGACAGAUGUGACCCAGAGUUACCAGUGCAGACAACUAUUAUGGGACAGUCUUGGAGUGGGAUUUGA